AUGGAAUCUGAGAAUGUGACCGGAAAUAGAGAAUUUCUUCUUCUAGGAUUUUCUGAGGAACCGGAACUGCAGCCCCUCAUUUUUGGAAUUUUCCUGUCCAUGUACCUGAUCACCGUGCUGGGGAACCUGCUCAUCAUCCUGGCCGUCAGCUCAGACCCCAACCUCCACACGCCCAUGUACUUCUUCCUGUCCAACCUGUCCUUCGUAGACAUCUGCUUCACCUCCACCACUGUCCCCAAGAUGCUAGUGAACAUCCGGACACACAGCAAAGCCAUCAGCUAUGAAAGUUGCCUUUCCCAGAUGUAUUUCUUCUUAAUUUUUGUAGCACUGGACAACUUUCUCCUGACAGUGAUGGCUUAUGACCGCUACGUGGCCAUCUGCCACCCCCUGCACUACACGAUCAUCAUGAACCCCCGGCUCUGUGGGUUGCUGCUGCUGGCUUCCUUUCUCAUUGGUGCUCUGGAUUCCUUCUUAGAAAUUUUAAUGGUGUUGCGUCUGUCCUUCUGUAGAGAUGUGGAGAUCCCCCACUUCUUCUGUGAGCUCAACCAGGUGGUCCAUCUUGCUUGCUCUGACACUUUCCUUAAUGACUUAGUGAUCUAUUUGUCAGCUGGCCUUCUGGGCUGUGGCUCUUUUGCUGGGAUCCUUUACUCCUAUUGUAAAAUCGUUUUUGCCAUACGCAGAAUCUCAUCUGCUCAGGGUAAACAUAAGGCAUUUUCUACAUGUGUGUCUCACCUGUCCGUGGUCUGUUUAUUUUACGGUACGAUACUAGGUGUGUACCUGAGCUCUGCUGUGACGCAGAAUUCACAGUCCCUGGCACUCGCCUCAGUGAUGUACACGGUGGUCACCCCCAUGCUGAACCCUUUCAUUUACAGCCUCAGGAAUAAGGACAUCAAGGGCACUCUGGCAAAUCUGAUUGGGAAGAAAAAGUAA